GGUCUUCCUCGACGCCAAGUCUAUCGAACUAUAUUGGCUAGUGCUCCAUAUUAUAUAGAUCUUCAUUAUUACAGAGAACAAUGAGGGAACUAAAAUUUGCCGAGAGGAAGCUUUUGAAACACACAGACUUCCUUAAUUGGAAGGUAGACAAUAAUCUCCACGAAGUAAAAAUGAUGCGGAAAUUCAUGAUACAGAGGAGGGAAGAUUACACAUUGUACAAUAAAAUGGCAUGGGAAGUGCGUGAAUUGUCCCGAAAAAUAAAGGAUUUAGAUAAAAAUGAUCCCUUCAGAGUUGAGGCCAGUGGAAGACUCUUAGAAAAACUGUAUACAAUGGGUAUAAUUCCUACAAAAUGGAAUUUGCAGUUGUGUGACAAAGUCACAGCAUCUUCAUUUUGCCGAAGACGUCUUCCUUGUGUUAUGGUUAGAACAAAAAUGGCACCUUCUCUUAGAACAGCUUUAACAUUUAUUGAACAAGGACAUGUAAGAGUCGGAGCAGAGGUUGUGAAGGACCCUGCAUUUCUUGUUAACAGAAAUUUAGAAGACUAUGUCACCUGGGUAGACACUUCAGCUAUUAGGAAACAUGUGAAGCAAUAUAAUGAAGAGAGAGAUGAUUUUGUCCUGAACAACUGCUGAAUAUGGCUUUUAUUAUAAGAAAAUUAUUCCUA